AUGGGCACGCCAAGUUUCAAGAGCGACAACAAGAGCCAACCAAAAAGUCCGCCAAGUCGCCCCAGCCAUUUUAAACUUGUCGUGGACCAGACUUUAAUUACUGAUGAAGUCCGUCACCACGACUACCCUGGUAGCGGCACGAUCGAGGAUCCGUACGUGGUGGACUGGCUCCCCAACGACCCCAAGAAUGGCUUCAACAUGUCACCGGCCAUGAAAUGGGUCAUCGUUAUGAUUUGUGCCUUCAACACCCUGGCUUGCUCGUUCUCCUCAACUGUCUUUGCCGGCGCAAUCUUUCAGGUUAAGGAGUACUUCCACAUGUCUGACGAAGUCUCUAUCCUCACUGUAUCCCUCUUUGUGCUAGGCUUCGCCGUUGGGCCCGUCAUCUGGGGCCCACUGUCCGAGCUCUACGGCCGCCAGUCUAUCUACCUCAUCACCUUAGGCGCCUCGAUCCUAUUUGCGGGCACAUCUAUUGCCUGUAACGAACACGGCAUAGCCGCAAUGCUAGUUCUCCGCUUCCUCGUCGGCUCUUUCAGCUCGGCCGCUAUCUCUAAUUCACCCGCUGUGGUCGCUGACAUCUUCGUGCCAGCGGAGCGGGGACUUGCCGUCAUGGCGUACUCGAUGUUCCCUUUCCUUGGCCCUACGCUUGGACCCAUAUGCGGCAACUUUCUCGCUGCCAGCAGCGGAUGGAGGUGGGUGGACGUCCUAUGCACGCUCUUCUUCACCUUAAUGUUUUUCCUCGGCCUAUUCUUUGUGCCCGAGACCUACGGACCUUAUAUCCUGCGACGUCGGGCCGCCAAAAUGAGCAAGGAGACAGGCAAGGAGUACAUCAGCAAGCUUGAUGUCGGCCUCCCACACAAGACUCUUGGCUCGACCCUGAGCACGGCCAUUGUGCGCCCCAUGGUCAUGGCGGUGAUUGAGCCAAUCUCAAUAGGCAUGGCCGUGUACGCGGCCAUCAUUUACGGCAUCCUCUAUCUUAUCUUCGCCGCCUUCCCUAUUAUCUUCGUAGAUCAGCGUCACUGGACCCAGGGUGUGUCGGGCCUGGCCUACGUUGGUAUCAUGAUCGGCCAGAUCUUAGGCGUACCCUUCUACGUGGUUCUCGAGUUCAGGUACCGCAAGAAGAUUGCCCGUCCCGGCGUCGUGUCGAACCCCGAAAUGCGCCUCGAGCCGGCUUUGUAUGGCGCUAUUAUUCUUCCCAUCAGUCUGUUUUGGUUCGCUUGGACAUCUUACCAGAGCAUCCACUGGGCCGUUGGCCUAGUGGGGACCAUCUUCUUUGGACUGGGCAACGUCCUCGUCUUUAUCUCCUUAACCAACUAUAUUAUAGAUACAUAUAGCCUCUUUGCCGCCACGGCAGCGGCUACCAACUCUAUUGUUCGCGCCCUAUUUGGGUUCGCCUUCCCCCUCUUCACCAUGUAUAUGUACGAGAACCUCGGCACGCAGUGGGCCUCGUCCAUUCCUGCUUUCCUGUCUUUGGCCUUUGCCCCUCUGCCCUUUGUCUUCCUCAAGGUCGGCCCGACACUGCGAGCCCACUCCAAGUUCGCCAACGAGGCCAAGGCCCAGCUGGCCAAGCUGCAGGAGGUACGUCAGAAGGUCGAGGAAAGGUUCGAAGAGAAACGUGCCGUCGAAGUCGAUGUCGAGAUGCUCACUGUUCCCACCCCUCAGGGGUUGAGCGCCAGCGAUAAAUAA